GUUCAAACAUUCUGAGAACUUACGCAGCAUAAAUCGAUAUUUGGGAAGAAUUGCUUCCAUCAGAAGAGCAUUUAUUCUAGGCUACUUUGCCAUUGACAAUGAAGUGGAGUUUUAAAGAGGAACAUUCCUUAGAGUCAAGAUGCCACGAAUCUGCAAAGAUAAGGGCGAAGUAUCCUGACCGAAUUCCCGUCGUUGUUGAGAAAGCACCUAAAACCAGCAUUCAAGAUAUCGAUAAAAGGAAAUUUCUUGUUCCUUCGGAUCUGACAGUGGCGCAGUUCAUGUACAUCAUCCGGAAGAGAAUUCAGCUUCCUCCAGAAAAGGCGAUGUUUCUUUUUGUCAACAAAGUUCUUCCACAGACAAGUUCAACCAUGGGUUCUAUCUACGAAGAACACAAAGAUGAAGAUGGCUUCCUGUACAUUGCCUAUAGUGGGGAAAACACUUUUGGAAUGUAAAUGCUUCAGUUAAAAUCUCUGGAUUGAACUCAAUAUAAACUCUUGGAUUGUCAAUGUACCUUACAGAUUGGUUUUGGGUUUUAUUAGGGUUAAUAGUCUGGCAAAAUAUAUUGUGUUCUAAAGGAGAUUAAACAUGCUGAAUUAGAUGUUACUUUAAGAAAAGAUUGACCUGGCAUCUUUGUGUAGAUUUCAUUGUUUUAUUGUAGGAUCAAUCAGGUACAUUGGAGCUGUGAUAAAAAGUAUGGAUUGUAAAUUAGCAUAACAACAAAACUGCGAUUUUGUAAAUACAGGUAUAUGCACAAUGUAUACUACCACUCAAUCUUCAGCCAGAGAAAAACAGAAAUAUGAAAUCCAGUAUCCGUGGCUGAAUUUGUUUAUGAGGUUGAAUAGAAUGCUGUCUUCGGGUUUGCUUAAAUUUCUUAUGUGUACUCCAGCUUCUUAAUAUUUGUGUUAUUUUGAUUACUGUGCAACUAUUAACAGAAUAAAACUGAUUCAUUCUCUUGACACUAGUGACAGUGGCCAAUCGGCUAAAUGACUACAAAUUUUGAGUAAUGACCACAAAUAAUCCAUAUCUCCUACAAGUUGCAGCUAGCAUGGCUAAGAACCAUGAAAGUUCUUUAUUUUUUCAUUCUGAUCCAGUGAAAUUUGAUAGGUUGUCAGGCUUCAGGCACCAAGUUGGAAAUGCAAUGAGGAAUUUUUCCCUGACAGCAUUAUAUAUUGAAGCUUGUCUCUUUGCAUUGUGGUAGCUUGUUAUUUUCUUUUGCCUGAAAAUAAAGUCAGAUAAUUUUGAUGUAA